AUGAUUGAGUUUGAAUGGCUUAAUUUCAUUCGAUAUAACCAGAGUCAUCUGAGAGCUGAGUUGUACAAAAAUAUAAAACAUUCAUUAGAUAGCGGUGAAGAUGCAGCACUGAGCACUGGAAAACGUAUCAUUAUACCUUCUUCAUUCACAGGCGGACCUAGAUAUAUGGCUGAAAAUUGUAAAGAUGCUUUCGCAAUUUGCCGUUGGGCUGGAUAUCCUCAUCUUUUUAUAACAAUUACCUGCAAUCCUAAGUGGCCAGAAAUUAUACGAUUUGUUAGGGCCAAACAGCUGAACCCUGAAGAUCGGCCUAAUAUUCUAUGCAGAGUCUUCAAGUUCAAAUUGGACCAGUUGCUACAUGAUUUAAAAAAGGAAAAUAUUCUUGGCAAAGUCAUUGCAUAUGUUUGUACAAUCGAAUUCCAAAAGCGCGGACUACCUCAUGCUCAUAUUCUUCAAUUCUUGAACCCUUCAAGCAAAGCUGAAAGUGCUCUUGAUAUUGAUAAAUUGAUUUCAGCGGAGAUACCUGACAAGGAAACGAAUCCUACGCUGUUUAUGGCUGUCACGAGUUAUAUGAUACAUGGUCCAUGUGGUCAUGAAAAUUACAAAUCUCCUUGCAUGAAGGACGGACGGUGUUCAAAAAAAUUUCCAAAAAACUUCUGCUCCCAUACUUUGAUUGACGAUGAUGGAUUUCCUCAUUAUAAGAGAAGAAAUGAUGGGAGAGUUGUGAACAAAAAUGGUGUUGAACUUGAUAAUCGUUAUGUUGUGCCCUAUAAUGCACACCUUCUUUUAAAGUACCAGGCUCAUAUCAACGUUGAAUAUACUUGCCAGAGAAGUGCCAUUAAAUAUCUUUUUAAAUACAUCCACAAAGGGAAUGACAUAGUGACAGCUGCCAUAAAUCAUUCGGACGAUGAUGAAAUAAAAAUGUUUUAUGACUGCAGGUAUGUCUCCGCAUGUGAAGCAGCUUGGAGAAUAUUUGGAUUUGACAUUCAUUCGAGAUAUCCCCCUGUUCAGAGAUUGCCAUUUCACUUGCCUAAUGAAAAGAACAUUAUUUUCAGUGAUAAUGAUUCGUUGUAUGAUGUAAAGACAAGGGCGGAGUCUAGACUGUCAAUUUUUGAGUCUUGGAUGGAUGCAAAUAAAAAAUAUCCAGAAG